AUGGCCGAUGUCAGGAAGUCGUCGCGAGCCACAAAAGGUCAACAUCCCAAAGCUCAUGAACUUGAUCAACCCAUCGAAACUAAGAAGAAAGGAAAGAAAGGUGGAAAGAAGGUCACUGUUCAGGAAGAGGAAGUUGAGGUCAUACGUUGUGUUUGUGGAGUUACCUCAACUACCGACGAUGAUGAAGAUGCCUGGAUCGCUUGUGACAAUUGCGCCGUCUGGCAGCAUAACGUCUGCGUAGGAGUAAGUCCGUUUGAGGAAGAUACACCAGAUAAAUACCUUUGCGAACAGUGUGCGCCACAUGCACACAAAGACCUUUUGGAAGGAAUUGCUAGAGGUGAACAGCCAUGGGUCGCAAGACAAGAAAGGUACGACAAGGAGAAGGCAGAGCAAGAGAGGCAAGAUGCAGAGGAGGCAGCAAGGAAAAAGGGCAAGAAAGGAAAGAAAAGACAAAGUGACCAGAAGCGCGAUGUUACUCCCGCGAAUGGAAAGAUACAGUCCCCUCCAGUUUCAGUUCCAUCCAAGAAAGAAUCGCAAAAAGACUCGCCAGCGAAGGGUCCCAGCCAAAAACGUAAGGCAAGAGACGAAUCCCAAGAUCAAGAGGCUGUAACAGAUUCUUCAUCAAAAGUCCGCAAAACGUCAGCUCGUCCUACACCUAGAGCAUCUCCACCAUCGGACUUGCCUUCCAAAAUUUCGGAACUUGAAGCCGAGCAACAAAGUCUGGCUUCGUUGAUUAAGAAAGGUUUACUUCAAUCCAUCCCACAUGCUAUCGAGGAUAGUUAUUAUACAUUACGGCCUGACGAUACCAUUGAUGCGAAGGCAGAGCGCCUUGCUAUUCAAAUAGAAGUAGCCGUUCGUAGCACGCACCCUAACAAGUCAGCUUCCAUUAAACAAACACGCUCGAUAUUUUCCAAUCUGAAGCAAAAUCAAGAACUUUGCAAUGGUUUGUUGACACAGUCACUGUCGCCUCAGGCCUUGGCGGUCAUGACGACGGACGAUAUGGCGAGUAAAGAGUUGAAGCGUGAAACAGCAAUCAUGAAGGCACGAGCCGACAAACAAUCGAUCAUGAUCACGGAUGAUGGUCCUCGGAUUCGAAGAACCCACAAGGGCGAGGAAAUUAUUGAAGGAGACAGCAAUCCCAAUGAAUAUUCUGACAUUCCAAUGUCUGCAGCACGUCGACGAGAAAUGUUGGAUCCAAAUGCUGGUAUGGGUGAUAGGUCUCGGUCCCACUCACCAGAAAACGAAGUUGAAUUGCCAGAAGUUACUGAUGACUAUUCAUCUCGAGAUAAAAUUCGCACUUCAUCAACUCCCAAAACCCCUUUGAAUAUCGAUACCAAACAACCAGCUUUGAGAAAAGGUUCCACGCAAGGUUCUGCAACUGGAAAUUUCGACAUCAAUAAAGUCUUCUCUAGUGUUCAAUCUCCCCACCCUUCUACCAACAAACAGCGAGUUGGCAUAGAUCAUUUCAGAAGAAUGUCUGGGAAUGCACCGCCUGUGAAUGGCCCAGGAGAUGAUCCUGAUGUUGAUAAGAUGCUUCAAGAUGAUAAUGAGUCCCCACCUUAUUCUCCAGUUGAAGAUAACCCAGAUCCGGAUAUUGUUUGGAGAGGAACAGUGAGCAUGGAUAGUGUAGCCAAGUUCCCAGCCUAUGCCAAACAAGUUGCCGGUCCUAAUUUGAGUCGCAAUCGCAUGCAAACACCAUGGACCGAUCUCCUUCAUAGAGAUUUGAAAGUUCAUGGCAGAAUUGAUGCAGAUAAAGCCAACGAAUAUUUAUGUGGCCUUAGGUAUAGUCCACCAUCUGAUGUGGUCAUCAUCAACAUCACACCAGCUUCUGAAUCACCAGAUUUUCUUGAUUUGUACAAUUACUUCCAUGACAAGAAACGUUAUGGAGUACUUACCAAUAAGGGUCCUGGAAACGUGCGUGAUACAUAUUUAGUUCCAGUUCCUCCAGGACCUGGCAAUAUCCCUGACUUUGUCGUCAAUCUCCUAGAACACAACUUACCGGAAGAGCGACCGGAACCUUCGAUACUGGUAACCUUAGUUGUACGAAAUGGGUGGGAGCAGCCUUCACGAAUUCAAUCCUUCGACGGCGCAUCCGAUCCUCAUAGCCCUCUUACUGCGGGUGGUGUCGCUCAACGCCAAAUGUCGAUAAAUCAAUCUGGUCCAGCCAUGUCUCCCAGUCCGAUUGUUCAUCCCGGCUCAUUCCACUCUCCUUCUCCUGCAGUCCCCAAACCGAGUGAAGUACAUCAACAACAGAACCUAGAAGAACAAAGAAGAAUUGCACAAGCCGAUGGUGAAACCGUUGCUUUGAGGAUACUAGGCGAGUAUGCGAGAGCUCCAACCGUCAGCUUUUUAAUGCCGCAGGCUUAUCAAAUGAGAGAUUUGGAGUGGCAGGCUAUUAGGAGUAUUUUGGAAAGAGAUGAAAAGGCACAGAAUGACUUGAAACACUUAAGUGAGGUUUUGGCAAGGACUGGACCGGCAUAA